AUGUCUUUCUACCAUGACUGCUGCUGCAGUGUCCCCACUGGACCCGCCACCACCAUCUGCUCUUCUGACAAGUGCUGCCACUGUGGAGUCUGCCUGCCCAGCACCUGCCCACACACCACUUGGCUGCUGGAGCCCACCUGCUGUGAAAGCUGCCCACCCCCUUGCCACAUCCCUCAGCCCUGUGUGCCCACAUGCUUCCUGCUCAAUUCUGCCCAGCCCAGACCAAGCCUGGAGACCCUGGACCUCACCACCUACACCCAGCCUUGCCCCUGUGACCCCUGCAUCCCCCAGAACUGCUGAGUGAUGACUAUCUUUGCCCAGAGCCUGACAACACCUACAAGAUGCCUAUCCUCUAUUAUUGACCUAUUUCAGUAGCCCCAGGGAGCUUCAACAGAUAUUGGGAUGCCAGAUGCGGCAAAGAACACUUUUAUCAUCAAUGAAAAGGAAAUCAAGAUGCCACCUUUGGCAACUUGGAGAAAUAUGAAUGAUAAGCUAUUGACCUGGCUGGGUGUAUCCAAAU